AUUGACGCAUCAUCGGGCAAACAUAAGAAAUCCGACGACGAAGACCCCGAUUUCGAUACGUUGAAUAAGCGGAGACGAACGCGCAGGAGACACGCCCACGGUGAUGAUGAUGACGACGACUUCAACAUAGACGAGGCAGCUCCGGCCAACAACGACGACGACUUCAUAGCCUCCUACGAAGAAGACGACGACGACGAACACCUGUCCAGGAGAAGAAAGAGACAGCCGAACUUUAUUGUGAAAGACGACGGGUAUGAUGUGUAUGCAGAUGAGGACGACGCAUAUGGCCUAUCGAAGAGGCGCACGUCGAGAAGCAGGCCCUCCCGUGACCCUGUCACGCUGGAGGACGAGUUGAAAGAUUUGCAGAACGACUCGCCAUUAAACUCCCCAAAGCGCAACUUGAGGCACAGGAAAGACGUCAACUAUACCUUACCCUCUCCCUACUUGACUGAGGCUCAGCUGGAGGAACUGGAAAACGCUACCCAAAACGAACCUUCAAACUACAGCCCAAGGAAAAGCCGUGGCAUAGGAAGAUACGGAGGGGCAUCUACUUCUGUUUCCACCGUUAGGAGGUUACACCCAACUGUAGGGCCAUUUGGAGGUAGUGAGGUCCAAUCACUUUUCCGGAAUAACGCUUUUCCAAGCAAUUUGGCAGCGUUGGCAAACGCUGAAUCGAGUGAUUCAGAUGAUGAAAACGACUUGAUCAAACCAACAGAUCCGAACGAUACAAGCAACAAUAUAAUUGCAACGCUGAACAACCCUGCCUCUCUCAUUCCUACAAAAAAGAAAAACACAUUGGCGGAUACAGACCCUCUAGGAAUAGACACCAACAUUGAUUUUUCAGUUGUUGGGGGCCUAGAUAACUAUAUAAACCAAUUGAAGGAGAUGAUAACCUUACCUCUUCUAUAUCCUGAGGUCUAUUCUAAAUUUCACAUCACGCCACCAAGAGGUGUGUUAUUUCAUGGCCCACCUGGUACAGGUAAAACGUUAAUGGCUAGGGCACUUGCCGCAUCAUGCUCCUCCCAAAAUAAGAAAAUAACUUUCUUUAUGCGUAAAGGUGCAGACUGUUUAUCCAAAUGGGUCGGUGAAGCUGAACGUCAUUUGAGGCUUUUGUUUGAAGAAGCCAAGCAGCAACAACCAUCCAUCAUCUUUUUCGAUGAAAUAGAUGGUUUGGCACCUGUCAGAUCUUCGAAACAAGAACAAAUUCACGCUUCCAUAGUCUCUACUCUAUUGGCUUUGAUGGACGGUAUGGAUAACAGAGGCCAGGUCAUCAUCAUCGGUGCUACCAACAGACCCGAUUCUAUAGAUCCAGCAUUACGUCGUCCUGGUCGUUUUGAUAGAGAAUUCUAUUUCCCAUUACCAGAUUUGAAGGCACGUGAAGAAAUUUUAAAAAUUCAUAUGAGGAAAUGGGAUCAUCAACUAGACGAUAGAUUUGUUAAAGAGCUCGCAGUAUUGACAAAAGGAUAUGGUGGUGCAGACCUUAGAGCACUCUGUACCGAGUCUGCUCUUAACAGCAUACAAAGAUCAUAUCCGGAAAUCUAUAAAACACAACAGGUCGUCAAAACAUUUGACUCUAUGAGGACAUUCAGACCAAGACUUGGUAUUAGCGGGCUGAAAUCGCAAGGGCUAAAAUAUUUGAGCAAUGCAGUAUUAAAUAAGUUAGAAGGUUUCACAAUCCAAAUCCUUGAUUUGAGUAAACUAUACAGUGACUCCAGCAUUAGCGUUGAAAACUUAUGCAUUCAGCUGUUCUCAGAAUUGAAAAGACAUAAACCGAGUAUCUUGUUCAUUCCUGAUACAAUUGGACUUCUUCAUGCAAUGUCUGAAACAUUAAGAUCCACUCUCAAAUACUUGGCUAGAGGUAUUAAUAACAAUGAUAAGAUAUUGUUCCUUUGUGAAAUUGAAGGAAACCUUAGCUCUGAAGUCAUGGAUGAUAUAGAAGAACUGUUUGACAUUUCCGAAGAUGAAGUUAUUCAUGUCAGGGAUCCUAAAGAAGCAGAGAAAUCGAUUUUUUUUCAAUCAUUCUGGAAAUCCAUUGAACUCACACCAAAUGAAUAUAAUGAUAUUAGUAUAAGACCGAAGAAGAAAAAGAAGAAUUUGGAGAUUAUUGCAGUCUCCAAUACCGAUGAUACGAACAAAUCAGACGAGAAAGCAUUAGCAAAAUUAAAAAAAGAACAAGCCAAAACGGAUAUGAGACUCAAAAACUCCUUGAAAGUUAAGCUUGCAGGAUUUAACUAUCAACUUAAAAAUGACAUGAUUCUAGAAAUCUCAACAGGUAAGCUAUACAACAACAUUGAUCUAGAAGUCAUCGAAGAAAGAUUAUGGAAUGGUUAUUAUUCUGAGCCAAGGCAAUUUUUACACGACUUAGAGUUAAUUCUGAAAGAUGCUAAUGCAACAGGCGACAGGGACCGUAUGCUGAAGGCAAAUGAAAUGUAUGCGCAUGCUGUUGUUGGAGUUGAGGAAAUCGAAGUCCAAUUUCCACAAUUGGUUAUCCAGUGGAAAGAAGUAAGUCGUCGUGAAAAGCAGAGAAACCUCGAGUACAUGAAAUUGCAAAAGGAGAGAGAG